CUGGUCUUGGCCCGUCACUGCCCCCUGAGGGCAGAGCGCUAGCAAGCCGCUUUUUUCCGAGAUGGCCGCACUGUUAGCGUCCGGCGUUACCAGAAGAGGCCUCACGUGGAUCGUCUUAGGGGCACCACGCAGAGAAUUUUGGUCUCGACUCAGAAAAGAAACAAAGCCAGUGGUGGCUGAGACAGUGGAAGAGGUGAAGAAAGAACCUAUUUUGGUGUGUCCACCCUUACGAAGCCAAACAUACAUACCACCUGAAGAUCUCCAGAGUCGUGUGGGAUCUUGUGUCAAAGAAAUUUUUGGCUCAUCUGUACCUAGUAAUUGGCAGGACGUGUCCCUGGAAGAUGGUCAUCUGAAAUUCGGUUUGUUGGCACGUUUAGCUGAUGACCUGGGCCAUGCAGUGCCCAACUCCAGGCUUCACCAGAUGUGUAGGGUCAGAGAUGUUCUUGAUUUCUAUAAUGUGCCUAUUCAUGAUAGAUCUAAAUUUGAUGAACUUAUUGCCGGUAACCUGCCUCCCAAUUUAAAAAUCACUUGGGAUUACUGAGCAAUUCAGAAGAGGAGCAUGUUGAAAUCAUUUUGUCCUGAGCAAGGGGUUGGUUAUUAGCCUUGAUACUUUACCAUGUAAAAUGCUGUCAGAACUGUUUUCUAAACCCACUUUUUCUGUGGAAGAAUGAAUUACCUCUUUUUUUUCCUCAUGUCAUGAAUUAACAGCAGGAUUUUCUUUUUUCACAUUUGCUGAAAAAAAAAUUUUUUUAAUGGAAUCAAAUCACCAAUUGUGUAUGAAAAUUUCCUUCUCUGGAGGACACAGUAAUUAAACUUGUUCCUACGAUGUGAGGCUAUUAUAUGUUCAGACAUGAUGUUUAUUCUUCAUAGGCAUAAAACAUGUUUUAUGCAAAAACAUGUUUUAAUCCUGUUAGGACUCUUAAAUCUAAGGUGGUAUUAUGUAUAGGAUAAAUGCAAAUAAGGAAACUUGGAUAUUUGUAAAAGAAAUGUAAAAAUCUAUGUUGUUUAUUUUGGCAAGUUGUUUCUUUCACUGCUUUACUUCACAAAUAGAAAUAGAAAAUGAUAGUGUUCAUUCUAGAUUAAGCUCUUGGAAUUAAAGUACAUUUUUUGAA